AUGGUCGGUCCGGGCGAGUCGCCGAUCAAGGCGUGGAUCGCGCACGACACGAUCGCCUACAGCCGAGAAUACAACUUUCGCCUCGGCGCGACCAUGGACAAGCAACGCAAGCUGCAGCUCAUAGAGGUGAGCGUACUCCAGCUUCACCUGCACGCCACGCAGAUGGGACCAAAGUGCUGACCGUCGCGUCGACACGCGUCGCUCGCCACCACUUUCUCUCCCCGACCAGACUUCCGGACUCGCUACGGGCAUCGACAACGACCACUUGUGGGCUACCAUGACCGACAGUGAUCUCUGGAUCCACGUCGCCAUCCCACUCGACGUUGUGCGCACCUUUAACCAGUCAGUCCCACGCUCACCUGUGGUACCCAACAUUCAAGGGACACCUCCUGACCCACCUUUGCUUCGAUUUUUUUCCCCCUUGAACAGCGACAACGCCGAAGCUUUCACCGCACUCAAGGAACACAUCUUCACCAUCGCCUCGUACGAAUACGUCUACGCCAGUCCGGUUGGCUACAACCUCUCCGCCAAACGCUUCGAGGCCAUGUCCCCACGCCUCGUACUCCGCGUCCUCGAAUUCCGCUAUUUCGGUCUCUACAGGGGUCUCACGUCCCGUCAUGCCGACAAGUCCGUCAGGGACUACAGAUCCGAAAAGAGUGGACAUCCGGAACUGUAUCGGUCAAUCGAACGCAUCGAACACAGCAACCGGGAAUCCGCCCAGAUUUCGAAUCAGGCUCAACUCUUGAAGCAGGCCCAUUCGGGCCAAGCGUCGUUGGAGACCUUGCCCGAACUGUAUCCGCAUCCCAAAACUCGGGUCUCGUUGGGAUCCUGUUCGGGUGUCGAUGCGGCUCAAGUUAGGGUUGGGGGAGAACGCGAACCUGGGGGGAUCAAGCAGCAACCGCCUAUGAACGGUUACCUCCGAGCGGUCAACUGGACUUUGCCACAGUUCACUGGGGUGAGUACGGGCUGUUGGUAGCACCUUUACGUGUUGACUUAUCUGAAGCCUCUCCUUACUUUUCGCCGCACAGCCCAGUCAUUGGAGUCCCCGAGAUCGAACCAAGGCCGAAAGUCCAGCGACUGCUGCGCCUGCCGUGUCUGCGCCAACCGUCGAGCCCCACCCGGUCGGUUCUACCUCCAAAGUACCCGCCCCGACGUCAACCGUCCAGACGGCGUCAAAUCCCGCUCCCGCCGUCGAACCUGGAGCUAAAGCCGACCCAUUCCCAGCCCCUAUGACCGUCGUCGAGCCCGUUCGCGUGCCUCCCGUCGACUCGCCUCCCAAAUUCCCCAAGAAGGAACCGUCGAAAGCCCUCGCCACCUCAUCCUCUCUCUCCGAAGUCAUCUCCUCGCUCAAAGAGGUCGAAGAACAUUUUUACGAGGAUUGGACGCCGUCCUCACCUCCCGAACGAAAAAGGCGAAGGACCUCUUCUUCUUCCGCCUCCUCCUCUUCGACGUCAAUUGUCAGACGGUACCCGAGCUCAGCAGCGACGAUGGCCAACGAUGACAAGAUGGACGUCGAAGACCUCCAUCCAUCCGAAGACGAAAAGGCUGCAUCGGCAUUAUCGUCGUCAAGUGCGCUUCGUUCGAACCCCCCUUCAAGGGCCAGUUCCUGCUCGUCUCAACUCGAAGAGGACGUCAAGCCCUUGACGAUCAAGAUCAAGGGCAAGCAUCUCGAGUUCUUGUGCCGGGAGGAAGGGUAUUCCCCAAAACGAGCGCGCCUCGCCCAAGAUGAGCAACCACCACGGAAAAUGGAUACCAUCAUAGCCGAACGAGUGCUUCCGCCACGACCUCCCACGGAAAGGCACCUCGGCGACCUUUCAGCAUCGGCGUUCCGAUCGUCGCAGAUGCCAAGGCCGGGUCAAAUGCCCACUGCGACAUUCGAGCCUUUGACGCCGCUAGAAGACGAAGGCGAUUCGACGCAACUGUCGGGGAUCUUACCUUUGGAAAUGGUUACGCAAGUUGAGGGCCAACCGAAUGCUGGGCAGGGGCAGGGUCGGAGGGGCUCGUUUGCGCCGACGCAGCCGUGAGUUUGGCGUUAAUGCUUGUGGUGGGAGACCGAGCGCUGACUGGCUUUGGAGUGUUCCUAGCGAGUCCUCUCGACCGAACGGGAGGGCGGCUUCGUCACCGUUCACGAACCCGCCACCGUCUUUGACUGCCACACCCACCGCCACGAGUAUCGUCACCUCCGGCCCAACAAGCGAGGCAUCCACGAUCCGAGCCACUCGACACACCUCAGCCCAUCCUACACUGCACGACCCUACACCGAAAAUAUUCGAGAAAGACAUCAAACCCAUACCUACCCCUCCUACAGCUCUUCUCACUGAAAGGGCCCCCCAAUCCAACCUUGCAGAGCUCCUCGUACCUGCCCCUGGUGUGGCCCAUGUCGAGCCCGUGGAAAUGGAUUGGCUGCGCCUCCCCGAUGGAUUCAAGGCUUUCGUUCCUAGUCGACCGGCGGUGGUGAAGAGGUGGAAGAAGGAGGUGGGGUGA